GGUGGCUAUGGCUGAGGAGAGCACAGCUACUGACAAUGAGCAGCUCCUGAGGAGGGUGCAGGAGCUGGAAGCAGAGGUGAAGCGGCUGCAGGAGAAGCUCCAGGAGGACAAGGAGGGUGCUGGGAAGAAAGAGGCUCUUUCAGCCCCUGGGAAAGGCAAGAAACGCCAACAACGGCCCUUUGAUUUCGGUGCCCACAGCCGCAGGCACGUGGCACUGCGCAUUGCCUACCUGGGCUGGGGCUACCAAGGCUUUGCCAGCCAGGAGAACACCCCCAACACCAUUGAGGAGAAGCUCUUUGAAGCCCUGAAGAAGACACGGCUGGUGGAUGACAGACAGACGUCCAACUACCACCGCUGCGGGCGCACAGACAAGGGUGUCAGUGCCUUCGGGCAGGUGAUCUCCCUGGAUCUCCGCUCCAGCCUGCCACAGGGGCAGCAGCUCAACGGCCACGAGGGCGAGGGGCAGCAGGAGGAGCUCCGCUACACCCACAUCCUGAACAGGGUGCUGCCGCCUGACAUCCGGGUGCUGGCCUGGGCCCCCGUGGGGCCAGAGUUCAGCGCCCGCUUCAGCUGCGUGAGCCGGACCUACCGGUACUUCUUCCCCUGCGCCCAGUUGGACGUGGCCCUCAUGGACACUGCGGCCCAGCGCUACGUGGGCACCCACGACUUCCGUAACCUCUGCAAGAUGGACGUGGCCAACGGGGUGCUCAACUUCCAGAGGACGAUCCUCAGCGCCAGAGUGACGUGGACAGAUGGGAGAGGAGAAGCCGGGCCACAGGAUCCCUUCCGGCUGUGCCAGUUCGAGGUGACAGGACAGGCAUUCCUGUACCACCAAGUCCGCUGCAUGAUGGCCGUGCUCUUCCUCAUUGGCCAGGGCAUGGAGAGCCCAGAAGUCAUUGAUGAGCUACUGAACGUGGAGAAGAACCCCCGGAAACCACAGUACAGCAUGGCGGUCGAGUUCCCCCUGGUCCUGUACAACUGUGAGUUCCCAGACCUGCAGUGGCUCUACGACCCAGAGGUGCAGGGCUUCAAUGUGACACACUUACAGCAGCUCUGGGCCAGCCACGCCGUCAAAACCCACGUGCUCCGGGACAUGUUGGCAGGGCUGGAUGCUGCUCCCAUGGCCACCAGAAAAGGUAGAGGGAGGAGCAGCCUGGUGCCCUGGGGUGAGGUGUCCCCACUCCACAACCAGAUCAGCGGAUUCGUGGAAGGGGUCCAAGCCCGCACCUACAAGCCCCUGCUGGCCCGGCCCAGAUGCGAGGGGCUGGAGGCCCGGAUCGAGCACUUCGUACGGAGGGGCCGCAUCGAGCCGCCCCAGGGGCCGGGGGACGGGGCCGGGGAGACCCCCGAGGGCAAGCGGGGCAGCAGUGGAGCCCCCGAGCAGCUGCCCAAGAGGAUCUGCAUGGACACCGAGUAAUAGGGCACCUCGGCG